AUGAGGUUGCGCCCCAUGCAGACAAUAAGUUGGGAUGUUCUGUUUGAGCAGCUACCAACGUGGUACACUACAGUGCCCCUCAUCGGUCGAUUCCAACAUAUGAACGGCUAUUGGUCACGGCGAGGAAGUUACCUAGAUUGGGUUGGCGUCUACCCGGCAUCGAUUGAUGAUUGCACAACACCACUAAGAUGGGUCUGGAUUGCAACAUGCUACGAUCAAACAGUGCAAAGCCAACAAUAUCUCGUUUGCGAAUUUGGCCCAUUGCCAGAAGGCACCUACCGCCUUGGUUACUUCAGUCACAAUAGUAAUUGCCUAAUUGGGUUGUCGAAAUCAUUUCGAGUUAUCGAACAGCCUAACUAG